AUGCACGUGACUCACAAGCCAGGAAAUCCUUUCAGUAUGUGGGAGAUAGAGAAGUUAGCAGAGGAGGCUGGGUUGCACUUGGUUGAAGAAGUAUAUUUCACCACACAGGAUUACUCGUGUGAUGAAAAUAAAAGAAGAGAUGGGUAUAGAAGCAAUGACACCUUCCUUGUUGGACAAUGCA